CGCACGGCGCCUCAUCCAACCAGCGCCAGUCCCAUAAACCAGGGGGUAAAACUACGCGUUCAAACCAGCAAAGUGACUGCAACUGGAGGACACGUUUCUCUUUUGGAUUAUUUCUCUCCAUUCAGCCGCAGAACUAUUCUUCUCCCGAAGUGAAAGUAAACGAUCACAGAUGAAUUCUCAGCACUUGGAAGUGGGUGAAAAUCCAAGUGGCGUUGUGUGGAUUAAUUCUCGAGUUACGAUGCAUCCGAACUUUGAUUCGAAUAUAGAUUCACUCUCCGAGGAGUAAGAGUAUUAUCUGUGUUAUUGCGGAGUUCAGGAACUCUUCCUUCACCCGGAUCCCCAUCACCCGUGGAAGUUGCGAUUUAGAUGAAAUAGACAACAACGCGCAUUCUAACUGGAUUUACACCAGCUGCUCUUGAAUGAUGCCUGCGUGUCUGACGGGGAUUUACUGUCUACUGGCAUUUCUACACAUUUGUUCAGGGUCUCGUCUUCGCCAGGAAGACUUCCCUCCCCGCAUUGUGGAGCACCCAUCUGACCUCAUUGUGUCCAAAGGGGAACCAGCCACUCUCAACUGUAAGGCCGAGGGCCGCCCGACCCCCACGGUGGAAUGGUACAAAGACGGCGAGCGCGUUGAGACGGACCGCGACAACCCCCGCUCCCACCGCAUGCUGCUGCCCAGCGGCUCCCUCUUCUUCCUGCGUAUCAUCCACGGGCGACGGAGCAAGCCCGACGACGGCAGCUACGUGUGCGUGGCCCGAAACUAUCUGGGCCAGGCCAUCAGUCACAACGCGUCCCUGGAAGUAGCCAUUUUGCGCGAUGACUUCAGACAGAACCCGGUGGACGUCAUGGUGGCAGUGGGUGAGCCGGCCGUGCUGGAGUGCCAACCCCCCCGAGGGCACCCUGAACCCACCAUCUCCUGGAGGAGAGAUGGUUCCAACUUAGAUGACAGAGAUGAACGCAUCACAAUCCGCAGUGGCAAGCUGAUGAUCACCAACACCAGGAAGAGUGAUGCGGGGAAGUACAUCUGCGUUGGAACCAACAUGGUGGGAGAGAGGGAGAGUGAGAUCGCUGAACUCACUGUGCUAGAGCGCCCAACCUUUGUGAAACGGCCCAGCAGUGUGGUGGCGUUGGCGGAGGAGAGCGUGGAGUUCCACUGUGCGGUACAAGGAGACCCUGUUCCCACUGUCCGCUGGAGAAAAGACGACUCUGACCUGCCUAAGGGCCGAUCUGAAAUCCAAGAGGACCAUACCUUGAUUGUUCGCCAAGUGACCUAUUCUGACGUGGGCUCGUACACAUGUGUGGUGGAGAACAUGGUUGGAAAGUCUGAAUCAUCUGCCACGCUCACUGUCCACGUCAACACCGUGCCCCCAGCGUUUGCCAUCCACCCCAGGAACCAGGUGGUGGGGGUGGGCAGGACGGUCACCUUCCACUGCGAGGCCACUGGCAACCCACAGCCCGCUAUCUUCUGGCAGAGGGAGGGCAGUGAGAGUCUGCUGUUCUCCAACCAUCCGCCGCAGCCCUAUAGCCGUCUGUCUGUGUCCCAGAUGGGCAGUUUGACCAUCACCGAUAUUCAGCGCUCUGAUGGAGGCUUCUACAGCUGCCAGGCUCUCAACAUCGCCGGGAGUGUCAUAAUCAAAGCGCUGCUGGAGGUCACAGACUGUGAGUAA